GAACUCCGCCAUUUUUUUGCGCGUUUCAGGGCUGCGAUGCGUAGUUUUUAUUUGUGAAAAAAAUAUGUAAAAUGCUCUUGCCUUGCAAAGUGAAUCGGGAAUUUUAGCAACAGGCCGGAUCCAGCGAAACCAGAAGCCACAUAGCGACGUCACCACACCAAGCAGCCCCCCAUCCGAAUCCUGGAGAGGAGCAGAGAGCGCGUGCUAAAUGCAGACGCAUGUGUUACGCAGUGCCGUCUUAUCUCCCUCGUCAUUGCCGCCGCCGCCACCGCCACAAUAAUUGGUCGUCGUCGUAGUCGUCCAUAGAAUAGAGUGCUCCUAGGACCUGAAGUGCAUCCAAAAAAAUAAAAACUGGAAGAGUGCGCACCUGGUAGCCAUGAGUUUUUCCAGCGACGAGGUAAACUUCCUUGUUUACCGAUAUCUGCAGGAGUCGGGCUUUCUGCACUCCUCCUACGUGUUUGGCAUCGAGUCGCACAUCUCGCAGAGCAACAUCAAUGGAGCCUUGGUGCCGCCGGCCGCGCUGCUUACCAUCCUACAGAAGGGUCUCCUCUACACAGAGGUGGAGUGGAGCGUCGGCGAAGACGGCGAGGUGGCGCGUCCCAUUGAGGGCCUGUCCCUGAUCGAUGCUGUGAUGCCGGAGGUGAAGCCGCCCAAGCCGGUGGUGAAAACGGAGCCGGGCAAACCGGGCGUGGACUCCACUGCGCCGGCCGCCACAAAUGCCAACAGCAGUGUGAAGGCCGAGAUCAAGGUGGAGCCGGGCACGGUCAAUGCGGGAGCCACAAAGUCAUCCAGCAGCGCCACGGGCACCACCACGCCCACAGAGUCCACCAAUGAGGUGGACUCCAGUGGGAGUGCCGCAGCCACUGCCAAUAACGCUGCCAGCGGAGCGAGCAACGGCAAUGGAACCCAGGCAGCCACUGCCGGCUCCACCAAUGCCACAGCCCCAGCGGCAGGCGAUUCCUCCGCAACAGCCGCCAGCGGAGCCAACAAAAAGGCCAACUCCAGUGAGCCCGGCAAUUCGACGGCGGUGAACAAUACGGGCAAUGCAAAUGCGACGAGCACAGACGACGCCGCCUCAUCCACAUCCACCAACGGCAACAGCAACACCUCCAGCAGCGCCGAACAGCCGUCCAGCGGUGCCGCACCGGCCGGAGCCGCUGUCUCGACUUCCAAUCCCGACACAGCGGCAGCCGCCGGAGGAGGAGCCGCCGCCGCGGGGGCCAAGGCAUCCACAGCAGCCGUGACAAUCCGAGUGGGAGCCCAGCCCAACAAUGUGGCGGCGGGCACAGCCACAGCCCAGAGCUCAGCGCCGAGCGGGACCAUCUCCUCGUCCACGGGCGGCACACCCGCCCCCGUCGAGGCCAUGGAGAUUGACCAGAGCAUCGAGAUACCCGAGUCCAAGGCACGCGUGCUGCGCGGCCACGAGAGCGAGGUGUUCAUCUGUGCCUGGAAUCCCAGUCGCGACCUCCUGGCCAGUGGCUCUGGCGACAGUACUGCCCGCAUCUGGGACAUGUCCGAUGCAAACACCAAUUCCAAUCAGCUGGUGCUGCGGCACUGCAUCCAGAAGGGCGGAGCCGAGGUGCCCAGCAACAAGGAUGUCACAUCCCUGGACUGGAAUUGCGAUGGCUCGCUGCUGGCCACAGGCAGCUACGAUGGCUAUGCGCGCAUCUGGAAGACAGAUGGCCGCCUGGCCUCGACGCUGGGCCAGCACAAGGGACCCAUAUUCGCCCUCAAGUGGAACAAAAGCGGCAAUUACAUUCUCUCCGCCGGCGUGGACAAAACAACAAUCAUAUGGGACGCCUCCACGGGCCAGUGCACGCAACAAUUCGCCUUCCAUAGUGCCCCGGCCCUGGACGUCGAUUGGCAGACAAAUCAGGCAUUCGCCUCGUGCAGUACGGACCAACGGAUACACGUGUGUCGGCUGGGCGUGAACGAGCCGAUCAAGACGUUCCGGGGCCACACCAACGAGGUGAACGCCAUCAAGUGGUGUCCGCAGGGUCAGCUGCUGGCCUCCUGCUCGGACGAUAUGACGCUGAAGAUCUGGAGCAUGAAUCGGGAUCGCUGCUGUCACGACCUGCAGGCGCAUUCCAAGGAGAUCUACACGAUAAAGUGGUCGCCCACGGGGCCGGGCACAAACAAUCCGAAUACGAAUCUUAUUCUCGCCUCGGCCUCCUUUGACUCCACGGUGCGGCUGUGGGACGUGGAGCGGGGUAGCUGCAUCCACACGCUCACCAAGCACACGGAGCCCGUCUACUCGGUGGCCUUCAGUCCCGAUGGCAAGCACCUUGCCUCGGGCAGCUUCGACAAGUGCGUGCACAUCUGGAGCACGCAAACCGGACAGCUGGUGCACAGCUACAAGGGCACUGGCGGCAUCUUUGAGGUCUGCUGGAACUCCAAGGGCACCAAGGUGGGCGCCAGUGCCUCCGACGGCAGUGUCUUUGUGCUCGAUCUGCGGAAGUUCUGAUCCUCGGCGCCCAAUGGCGUUGUGGACAUAUCAUCAGCGCCGCCAGCACGCGUCCAGGAGAUCCUGAGUUUUGUCUAUUAAAGAACGCUUCUAUGUAAACACAAACACACACACACACACACACACACACAUACAAACCUUCAAAACGAUCUGUUAAACGCAGCAUCUCGUUACACGUUUCUCGGUUUCUCAAUCUCUUGGAUGGGACUCUCUCUCGUUCCCAUGAAGCAAUAUCCAUUUCAUUUGUACCUUCAGAGAGAUGUCCAUGAGAUUGGGAACGAAUGCGAUGCCCCAUACCCUGUCCCCCUAUGCUUUUGUCCAAUGUCUUUCGUACGCUUAGUCCCGAGUCACACAAACGACGAGCAGCUCUGCGCUCUCCCCCAUGUCGUGAGACCCCUCGACGCUGGCGUGGUGCGACACCCCCAUUCGUUGUGUGGGCGGGGAGAGCGCUCUCUGCUCGUUUUCUUUUUAAUCUUAAUUGUAAGCUCUAUGAUUCUAAGAUUCCCAUUUUUUAUACAGAAAUCGUUUAGUAUAACUUUAUGCAUUUUGUUAUUGUAUCGAUCGAUCGAUGAACGGAUAUGAGCGAUGACGAUGUCCCCGUGCCCAGCCCCCUCUCCCUUCCCUACCCACAGUCCUUCACCACCUUUUACAGUCUCUCCUCCUAACUUCAUGCUGCCCUUUUACACUUAAGACUUUUAAUCAUACGAGUACGAGUAUUUCCCCAAAAAAUCAAAUCGGAUGGCUGGAUGGCUGAACAACAGACAGACGGAUGGAUGGAUGGAGAGAUCAGACCCCCCCGAUUCACGCAUACAUUCAGAACAGUGUAACUGCAUCCCACAAUCCCCAGCCCUAACCCCAGCCCUCCCCCACGUAGCCUGUAAACACGAACGUAAGCCUAAGAUUUAUAAAGAAGAUUGGCGAAAAAUAAGAUUCAUUAAAGCUAAAGCUAUAUU